AUGGCACUGGCACUUCUUACCCUCCCCCCGGAAAUCCAGAUGUUGAUCUUCUCCUAUCUGCCCAACAGCACCAUCAAGAACCUACGUCUAACAUGCUCAUCCAUAAAAAAUGCCGCCCGUCUCAACCUGGACCGAGUCUUCUUAUCCAUUCAAAAGCGAGAUAUUGAGGUAUUCCGCAGCAUAGCCAGUCAUGACACUAUGCGCCUGCAAGUCAAAGAAAUCAUCUGGGACGACGGCUCAUUCAGCCAGAGUCCUCUUGAAGAAGUUGUAGAGCAGGACGGGGAGUAUUAUGGACAAGUGAGCGGUCUGCCGUAUGAGAAGGUUCCUGCGGAGCAGGGGUCCUCACCAAAGUUCUGUCCAAAUUGGUUCUCGCAGGAAUGCGAUGAGAAUAUCUCGGGGUUCGCUGCAGAUAAAUUUGGUCCCGGAAUGGCGGAAGAGAUGAUGUGGUGGAUGAUGAAGCUUCAGAGGCCCCUGCCGUGGAAAUCAUGGGAAAUGUAUAAGGAGUAUCUGCGAGACCAGCUUGAAGUACUUGAUUCCGAGGCGGAUGUUGAAGCACUCAAGUUUGGUCUGGAGCAGUUUCCUGCUCUUAGGAGGAUAACUAUCAUCCCGACAGCGCACAGGAAACUCUUUGAACCGUUAUACCCAACGCCUAACAUACGGAGCUUUUCGUGUAUAUUCAAUUACCCCAUUCCGCAGCCAUGGCCAGUCUCGAACGAGGAUACAUUUCCCGUCAACGCUACGCCAUGGACCGAAGAUGCCGAGGAGUUUCUCAAAGAAAGAUGGCGAGGCUUCCGGGUAGUUACGAGGUGUCUUGCAGAGCAAGCUGGUAAACACCACGUUUCGGAACUGGUCAUUGAUCCGGGAAACCUCAAAACUGGCAUUAACUACAAUAUCUUCAAUACUCCUUGUCGAGAACUCUCUAACUUUACCACAAUGCUAGAGCAACCUGGCUUCAAGCGGCUUGAUCUAACUCUCUUUGUCGGUGGGAACGAGGAUAUCGUCUGGACACCGUUUAAAGACAGCCAUUACCACUCCGCCUUUUCCAAAUGCCCAGAUCUAGAGCAUAUUACCUUCGGCACGGAUAGGGGCAUCUAUGCAACCGAGGAGCUGUCGAUGGAACAUUUCACUUCCCUGCUAUCUCUUUUCCCCGUGCAGAAGUGGUCGAAGCUCCGACACUUUGGCCUCUCAAGCUUUCCCGUGGUACAGUCUGAUAUCAUUGACUUGCUCGAUGCGAUGCCUUUGACGCUUCGGACCGUCGAACUAACCGGGUUACUCUUCAUCAACGACGGGGAGAAUUACAACUCUCUGCUGACUGCAAUGCGUGACACGCUUAAUUGGAAAGAGAGAGCCGUUGGGGACAGGCCUCAGGUAACUUUCUGGACGAAAAGCUCUGUCAACAUGCUGCAUGCGCACAUGCAGAAGACCGUCAGCAACUAUCUGUAUGGCGAUGGAGAGAACCCGAUGAAGGUUGGACCUGAUAGGAAGAUGUAUUUUUCGGGGUAG